AUGACAGGCAGAUUCAUGGAGAAGUUGCCUGAAAAGAGUAUAGGAAAUUUCUUCAUGGUUAUGGAUAUUCUAACACACAACCAAACUGAACUGAAGCCGGAGUCAUUCCUUACUGAGCUCAGGAAGCAAAAGAUGAUGUUCCAAGGCAUAAGAAAUAUCCAAACCGCGUUUAGUAUUCUUUCGGGAAUUACUGUAGAAGAAGGUCAAAGAAGAUUUGAUAGUGUUUAUCUUUCUACAAGCUUGUGUGGGUAUUCUACAUAUGAGAUUGAUUUUGGGUGGGGAAAGCCUGUAAAAGCAACCGUGGCCGGAGAUCUAAGGAAGAAUAGCUUUAUUAUGAUGGAUGCGCCAAACAGGGACGGCAUUGAAGUACUCGUGUGUUUGGGAAAGCAUGACUUGGCCGUUGUUCAAAGUGACCCUGAGAUGCUUGCUUUUUGUAAUUAG